AUGCCUUAUCAAACACCAGAAAGAAAAGGCUCUUUGACGGUAUCUAUGGAGCCUGCAAAGGCCACUGGAGGCGCCGGGUUAGGCACCAUAUCUGGCGUCUAUAUCCCCGUAUACCUCAAUAUCCUGAGCAUUCUCAUGUUUCUCCGCUUUGGCCAAAUCCUGGGACAAGUUGGCUUCAUCGGAAUCCUAGGCCUUCUCCUCGCCGCCUAUUGCAUUGAUCUGCUCACUGUCCUCUCUCUAUCUGCUAUCGCGUCCAAUGGAGAAGUCAAAGGCGGCGGUGCUUAUUACUUAAUCUCUAGGUCUCUCGGCCCGGAGUUUGGUGGCUCUAUCGGCAUCUUGUUCUAUCUAGCUCAAGCUCUAAACACUGCAAUGAAUGUAGUUGGUCUCAUCGACUGCAUUCGACUUAACAUGGGAUCCAACUUUCCUCAAGGGUACUGGACUGGCUAUGGACUUCAAACAGCCGCUUUAGUGCUUUGCACAUGUCUUUGCUUGCUUGGCUCAUCAACAUUCGCAAAAGCCUCAAAUGCACUGCUCAUCAUCCUUACAGUGGCUGUUCUGAGCAUUCCAAUAUCAGCCGUCUUUAAGUCUCCGUUCGAGGAUGUUACAGCUGGAGUCAAUUUCACUGGCAUCAGUGCUGAUACGCUCAUUGGAAACUUUGCACCUCGGCCCUCUGAUAGCAGCUACGAAGGCCUCAAGACAUUUCGUGACUUAUUUGGUGUUCUCUUCCCAGCUACCUCGGGAAUAUUUGCCGGGGCUUCUAUGUCGGGUGAUUUGAGAAACCCAAGCAAAGCUAUUCCGCAUGGAACACUAUGGGCUACCCUUACAACAUUCAUCGUGUAUUUCACAGUCAUCAUCUCCAUGGCAGCGGCCACUACUCACGAAUCUUUUCUGGCCAAUAAUAAUGUCAUUUCUCUCACAAGCUUAUAUGCCCCUAUUAUCCUGGCCGGUGAAUGUGCAGUUACAUUCUUUUCGGCUCUUAUGGGGGUUAUCGGCUCAGCCAAGCUAUUUCAAGCGCUCGCUCGGGAUAAGCUCCUUCCAGGACUGUCUGUUUUCGGAAGAGGAACUAAGAUUGGUGAUGAACCGAUAUUUGCCAUCUUCUUAACCUAUGCCAUCGCCCAAGUCGCCCUUUUUGCGGACCUGAAUCAAAUCGCCACUCUCAUCUCUAUGGGUUAUCAGAUGACAUUCUUUGUUAUGAACUUGGCUUGUUUCCUAUUAAAAAUCGGAUCUGCUCCUAAUUUCAGACCUGGCUUCCAGCUCUUCAGUGCCGAGACGGCUUUUUUGGGAAGCCUUUUCUCCGCCGCAGCCAUGUUCUUUAUCGACGAAGCCUAUGCUUCAACCGCAAUUUGUGCUCUCAUACUAGUGUUCUUGCUGAUUCAUUACCUUUGUCCGCCCAAGCACUGGGGGGAUGUCUCACAGAAUCUCAUCUACCACCAAGUGAGAAAGUAUCUCUUGAGAUUAAAGCCCGAGCAUAUCAAGUUUUGGAGACCACAGAUCAUACUCCUCGUGAAUAACCCGCGACGGCAAACGAGGCUAAUUCAGUUUUGCAAUUCUUUGAAGAAAGGUUCGCUUUACAUCCUGGGCCACGUUAUCGUAACGGAUGACUUCAACACAGGAGUUCAUGAGGCGAAACUGCAGCAACAGGCUUGGACACGUUAUAUAUCGGAGUUUUCAAGAAUCAAAGCCUUUGUCCAGCUAACCAUGUCGCCUUCGAUUAAUUGGGGUAUCCGAAAUCUCAUCCUGUCCUCAGGCCUAGGGGGCAUGCGGCCCAAUAUUGCCGUUCUGGGAUUUUACAAUAUGGAAGAUCUACGGAGAUCUAGCCAUCGACUACGAGUGCCGGACAUUCCAAUGGCUCCGGCUUCUAAAAUGAAUCGUCCGCCAAAAUCUCAAGGCGGAACCUCUACACGACGCCGUGGCGAUACAUCAGCCCGUUUGAUGGAAGGCUUCUUACCAACUGAUGCGAUUCGUACGGAGGAUAUGAUGUCUCCCACAGAGUAUAUGACAGCAUUGGAGGACUUGACUUUGAUGUAUCGGUUGAAUGUAGCGGUGGCAUACGGGUUUGACGCCCUAGAGACGCCUCGAAAGGACGAAUGCAACGCAAAGAAGUAUAUCGACUUGUGGCCGAUCCAAAUGUCUGCCGAAGUUUCGUCCGAGGGUAAAAAUAUGUUGACUUCUAAUUUUGACACCUACACGCUCAUUUUACAACUAGGCCACAUUCUCCGCAGUGUUCACACUUGGAAACGAGCUCACACGCUGCGAGUCAUGGUCUUUGUUGAAUACGAAAGCGAAGUCCAAGAAGAGUUGGCACGAGUCCGCGCCCUUUUGGAGAAGCUGCGCAUAGAGGCUGAAGUUCGAGUCUUUUGGCUGGCAUGUGGCCAGUUGGACACGUACGAGCGUAUCAUCAAUGGCAAAGGCAGUAGCAUAGACUGUGAAAUCAUUGUUGGCGACGCAUUGAGGGAUGAAGAAUGGUGGAACGACCUGGAAGACUUUCGUGGACAAUCUGAGCCCAUGUCAACUAGCCAAGAGUUUACACACCUAGCGCACAUUAUUACUUCAACCGCUGGACGGCCAGGAGUCUACAAUCCACACGAAGAGCCUGAGUCGCGGAGACGGCGCUCGAGUGUUUUGGAUCUUCCCGGUAUGCCCAAGAAACCGAAUAUCGGUUCCUUGUCAAAGAUGGGCAUUAACAUCGGCAUGCACACUCACCAUCUGAACGAGGAAGUCUUUGAGGACUCUGAUUCGGAUUACGAAACCAAUAGCGACACAGAUUCUAUAAGUACGGUGCGAUCCGUGACAGACCCGUUAUUGCCCGAGUCGUCAUCUUCGAAUGCUCCACGAGGGCAACCCUCGCCUCCCGAGAUGCGCGGAAAUGGCUCUUUUGAUACAAUCACUAGCCAUGGAAACUCCACCAACGGUCAUCCCUCAAUUACUCCAUCGUAUGGCACCAUGUCUGGAUCCCAGCCGCUUUCUUUAGCGCAGCAUCGAUACAGCUCAGUCUUUUCUCCAACUCCUCGACAGGGGCCCGAAGUUGAUCUAGACGCGACCCCUCGAGCAAACGGCCGUCAGAGGACCAGCUUCAAGAUUGACAUCAGGAGCAUAGAAUCUUUUCCCAAUCUAGAUCAGCUUGCUGGCCACGAGUCCCGUCGCAGUAACUAUCAGCCAAGCAGCCCUGUUAAAUCUUCGGUCAACCGAUGUUCCGGAGACGAUGAUACAUCAACGCCUCGGCCAAGCAUAUCGCGACAGUCGUCCGCCUCUCGAUUUUCCAGUCGACCUGUUCCGGAGAUGAGAAUUACAACGGAGGAGGGCAGCUCUCGUAUUGGGUUCGCCACCGCAAAUUCCUCUCGCCCUACGACGCCUAGAAUAGACCGUCCAUCAUUCUCGCGACAAUCUUCACUGAAUGUUCCGUCGCAGCCAUUGCCUGGAACUAGGAGGAAUAUGAGAGGAGGAGGACCACGUUCGAAGUCGUACAUUGAACAACCAACAUACUAUUCACGCGCGAGCGCAACUAAAUCCCGUUAUCAAUCCCAUUCUCGGAGAGAAUCCCAAUAUCCCAACAACUUUGACCAAGGAGAUGUCAGCCUAAAUAUUCCCAAUCUUGUGCAGUCGUAUAGAUCUGGCGUCGAAGCAGGCAACGCAGAAGGCGCUCCAUACUCAACACAAGGAGUCGCCUUAUCCUUCAACGACCUGCCAAGCAGAGCACAGCAUCUGAUUAUCAAUGAGCUGAUGCAACAGAAUUCGAAAGACACGGCUGUCCUUCUUAGCACGCUGCCGAUACCCAACGAGGGGACGUAUAUGAACGUAGAUAGUACGAUUCAGUACCUGUCGGAUGUCGAGCUGCUGUGCCAUGACCUUCCGCCUGCGCUUUUGGUGUUGAGCAACAACAUGACAGUCACGGUGAGCUUGUGA